AUGAUGGAUUUUGACGAAAGGGUCCCCGUCGGAUCGAACAUGUUACCCAGUUGUACUUAUUACGUGUCGGCGGGGGCUGAUUUCUCCGGUCUUCCCUCGUUUUGUCCCAGACCCCUCCACCCCCCCAUGACAUACUCCUACUCCUCCAACCUGCCGCAGGUCCAGCCCGUCAGAGAGGUGACGUAGGACUACGCGGCCAUUGACGCGUCCGGUAAAUGGCCGCACCGGGGGAACUUGCCUCAGUGUUAUCGCGCGGAGGACAUGGUGCACCGGGACUGUCUGUCGGCGCAGACCGCCGUCGUAGGGGACGUGUUUGGCAAAAGCAGCCCCGCGGCUGCCGCCGCCGCAUACCACCAUCACCACCACCACCACACGGGCGCCGGCUCCGCCGCCACCAAUUUCUACGGGAACGUGGGCAGGAACGGCGUGCUGCCGCAGGCUUUCGCGUUCUACGAGACGGCGUACGGGAACGCGUCGGAGAGCUCCUCCGCGAACGGCUACUCAGGGGAAAAAGCGGCGAGCACCCCGAGCUCCGCGCCGGAGGACGCGCCGUCUUGCCGGGACACCGAGGCGAAGGAGCCGCGGGAGGAGACGAGCAGCCCCGAAUUAUCUUCCGGCAACAAUGAGGAGAAAUCCAACAGCGCAAGUGGACAAAGGACGCGCAAGAAACGAUGCCCUUAUUCCAAAUAUCAGAUAAGAGAACUUGAGAGGGAAUUUUUCUUCAGUGUGUACAUAAAUAAGGAGAAACGGCUGCAACUGUCUCGGAUGCUCAACCUGACCGACCGGCAAGUGAAGAUCUGGUUUCAGAACCGCCGCAUGAAGGAGAAGAAACUGAACAGAGACAGAUUACAAUAUUACACGUCUAAUCCUCUGCUUUAG